UUCCUUCAUCGAAUAUUAUUUAUUUAUUUGAUUAAAAAACACAAAAUAUUAAAUAAAUUAUAAAUAUGAAUGAAAAUGAUCAGUAAAUCCCGCGCGAAAUCCUAGGAAUUUCCAGCACGCUUUCGCAUUUAGCUAAAUAUAAUUUAUCGCCCAAUCAAAUGACCAUAGCAACCGACCAAUCCGCUAACUACAAUUCGAAUCCCUUCAAUUCCCAAACGGGCGGCGUGUCAACCUGUUACUUCGAUAAGUUAACCGAUAAAUUGAUCCUGCAAAUUUUUUCUUACCUGGAAAAGAAAUAUCUUUUACUUAUCGCUAGCGUAUGUAAGAAGUGGGAACAGUGGGUAAGGAAUCCGGCUCUUUGGCAAGAUGUCUCCUUCAGGACGGAAACGGGUGGAAUCGAGUUAGAUAAUUCAGAAUUGUGUACUAAGCUAAUCUCCGAAAGAUUUUCUCAGUUAAAAAGGUUAGAACUUUCUACAGAUUUAAUAACCCCCGUAGUUCUUGGAGAAUUGGCUCAAAAAUGCCCAAAUUUACAAAGUUUGACAUUAGAUUUCUCCUCCGCGAUGCAGCUCCAUGAUUUCACCGAACUCAACACGUUUCCUUCUAGGUUAAUUUAUCUGUGCAUCUACUUGUCGGACGUCAUAUUCAUGGAAGGGUUUAUGCGGAAGAUUUAUAGCUAUUUAACAACCAUAGAAAUUUUUCAUUUGAUAGGCACUUACGAAAAAUUGGAUAACAGGGAAGAGGAGGAAUCUUACGAAGUCAUAAACAUCCACAAAAUCAAAUCCCACACGCCGAACUUACGCGUCGUCAAUUUUUAUGGGAUCAAAUUUCUGGAGGAUAUGCACGUGGAACUACUUUCUACGAAUUGCGUUCACUUGGAAUGCUUAUGCCUAGACUUCUGCACCAAAUUCAAGGGUUCUUCGUUGAAAAUUUUGAUUCAACGUUGCAAAAAACUCAAAUGCCUACUGCUAGAAAAGACAGGGAUAACCGAUGAAUAUGUUCGGGCAGUCUCUUGGGAAAAUACGGCGAUACAGGAACUGGAUAUUUCCUUAACGGAAAUUAGUGGCAAAACUGUCGCUCUCUUGCUCCUCAAAUUAAAACAUUUAAAAUACUUUGCCGCUUCUAAUAUUCAAAGACUCAAGGAUGACGCCAUGGGGCCGUUAGUUGAGACGUUUGAUUUCCAAAGAAUUAAGACUCUCAAUCUUUCCUGGUGUCAGAACCUGGGCGAGCCUUUACUCGUAAAAUUAAUCAAAAGAUGUGGUCCCAAUUUAACUGGCUUAGAUCUUUCCGGAAUGUAUGAUCUGUUGGAAGCCUUUUGGACUUCGGUAUUGCCUUUGCUCAGAAAUUGCAGGAUAUUAAUAAUCGGAAUUCCGAAUGAGUGCUGUCAAAAGAUCCAUUCCAAGGUACAUAUCGAUCAAUAUAUAGAACUCAUAGCCCAAAAUUGUUCAGACAUCGAGGAACUAGAAAUACAAUGGGAUUCUGAUAUAAUGAGGUUUAGCGAAAAAUCUAGCAAAUUUAUCGAUCAUCUCAGAACCAAAUGCAGCAAACUGAAAUCCUUCGUGUUGGCUGAAGGGGAAUAUUACGAAAUGGUGAAAUCCAACUUCGAAAGAGCCGACAGAUACCACAUAGUGAGUUCGAGAAGCAAUUGCGUCACGAGCGUCUUACCGCUAUUAACCCAUUAUAGAAAAUUGUGUUUCACUUAAUACAAUUUUUUUUUAUCCAUUGCUGAAAAUGUUUACUUGAGUUGAAUUAGAAAAGUAACUUUUUUUUAAAAUAAAUGUUAUUUCCCAAGUUGUAUAUGUAUCUUAUUUUUUUAAAAAAAAUAUGUAUAUUGUUUGAUUUCGAUUUAGCGAGAGUUGUAAUUUUUUUUUUGAUAAUAAAUUAUGAUUACG